CGCAUAAACGGAGCAGGCGGCUGUGUGUAGAAGCGUCUGCUCUUCGCCGCGGCCGGCCGGACUGCGGCAGGGCUCGCUCGGCAGCGCCCGGCCUCAUUGUCUCUUCCUCCACAAGCUGCAGAGCCGGCGCCAUGGGCGGGGAGGAGGAAAUCGUGCGCAUCGCCAAGCGGCUCGACAAGAUGGUGGCCAAAAAGAGCGCGGAAGGGGCAAUGGAUUUGCUGAAGGAGCUGAAGAGUAUGCCUAUAACUUUGGACUUGCUGCAGUCCACUCGCAUUGGGAUGUCUGUGAAUGCCCUCCGGAAGCAGAGCGCAGACGAAGAGGUGAUCGCACUGGCCAAAUCGCUUAUCAAGGCCUGGAAAAAACUCCUCGAUGCCUCGGAGGAGAAGAAUGACGAGAAGAAAAAGAAUUCCUCUUUGCCCACUUCCUCUUCCAAGGAAAGCGGUGACUCAAGAGACCAAAGAAGGCAGGAUCCUCCGAAGACCCUGACCACUCCCAAAAUCACAACCUUCCCACCGGUGCCUGUCACAUGUGACACCGUGCGCAACAAAUGCCGAGAAAUGUUGACUUCUGCCCUGCAGACAGACAAUGACUAUGUUGCCAUCGGUGCCGACUGUGAGCAGCUUGCUGCCCAGAUUGAAGAAUUCAUAUAUCAAGAUGUCAAGAACACAGAUCUGAAGUACAAGAACCGCGUGAGGAGCCGCCUCUCUAAUCUGAAGGACUCCAAGAAUCCUGACCUCCGAAAGAAUGUCUUGUGUGGAGUGAUCACUGCAGAGCAAAUUGCGGUGAUGACCUCUGAGGAAAUGGCCAGCAAUGAGCUGAAAGAGAUCCGGAAAGCCAUGACCAAGGAGGCCAUUCGGGAGCAUCAGAUGGCGAAAACGGGAGGGACCCAGACUGACCUGUUCACCUGUGGGAAGUGCAAGAAAAAGAACUGCACUUACACCCAGGUGCAAACCCGAAGUUCAGAUGAGCCAAUGACCACUUUUGUUGUGUGUAACGAGUGUGGAAACCGCUGGAAGUUCUGCUGAGACCUCUCGGAUGAGACCAGCAACAGCCAAUCCUGGGCCGGAUCUCUAACAUGCAUUCCCCAACACCGCCAGCGAAUUUUGUACUGUUUUCGUCGCCGAGUUUGCUUUGUGCUCUGUACAUCAUCCAAGCGAGGGUGACCUGACUGACUGUCUGAACGCCCCGCAGAAAGCAGCAGCUGGGGACGGAUGCUGGGUCGGCGCCAGCUGGAUCGCCUUCAUAGUUUCUCAUCCUAAUCAGUAUUGUCAGGAGUUUGGAACAGUAUUAAACUUUUUUUUUUUUAAUUUGGCCAGGCGUCGAGUCUUGCAACUUUCCUUGUCUCCGUUGCAUCUUCUAAAAACAAGGAACAUCUUCAUCUCAGUCUCCCGUAUGGAGGCAGGCAAAGCUGUUUGUAAUGCGUAGAAUGUCAUUUUAGCUGCAACAACACAAGUUCCUCUUGGUGGCACUGCAGUGGAAGCGCAUGCCGCCUGUGCUACAGAUUCAAGCCUAUUUCAGACUUGGGCAUCCUUGAUAAAGACUUCGUGGCUCCUUCCACUGCAAACGGCAAAUCAUACAACUAGCUGCGUGACCAGUUUCAAACCAGAUUAGAUGUGCGGCAUAGAUAUUACCCUAGGGCUGGGCUAGUGACGACACAGAAAAGGGGAUUCGCUUCUGCCAAGGGGGAAGGGGCAUGGCGGGGGGGAAAGAAGGGGACUGAGCCGCAAAGCCCGGUGGUAAAAACUCUCAAAGGAAAGCUCUUACGAGUAUUGACUUUCUUGCAAAGCACAUCUGAAAUUGCACUUGGUAACCAGGAGUAGAAACAGCUUUUCUGAGAUAGCCUUGAUUCUCCUCUCCCCGCUUCAUGGUUUAUGACUAGAAGCUCUGAUCAAAUACUCUGGUGCAUUACGUAUUUAUCUCAGUUUAUGGCUGUUUAAUUGCUGCCCCUCCCCCAGCUGAGGAGGGUGCUGAGAGCUCUGCAUGAAAAUUUCUACCCUCGCUCCGAGGCAUUUUUGGUGCCUUGUGGGUGUACCUGAUAGUACAGGCUGCAACCAGCUCAUUUACUCGUUCUUCACCCAGAGAGGAACUGCAGUGCUGCAAGGAAUGUGGUAGAACCACGCUUCCUCUGAAUCGUUUCCACAGAACUGCAGUUCCUCUUUGGGUGGAGGGGGCGUUAGCAAACCCCAUGAGAAAUGCCAUGGCAUCAGACCACUGGCCAGAAAUGGCUGCCUCCCCCCCAGCUGGAGGUGCAUUGGUGGGGCAUGAAGGGCAAGCUUUCCCAGCUUCAGGUGGAAUGAGCAUUUUGGGCUGCAUGGAGAAGGACCCUUUCAAGCUGCCGUUGGAAGAGACACUGGCAGCACUGGCACGAAUAGUAUUGCCCACUCUUACUGGCUGGCAGCAACUCUGCAAGAAUUCAUGCAAGAGUCUCUCCCUAUCCUGUAACCCGGAUUCCUUCAACCAGGAUUGAAGCCUGUAGCUUCUGCAUUCAAGGCACGCGCUCAACCACUGAGCUACAGCUCUCCUGUCAAUCAAAGUAUGGGAGUCCUAAAGCACUGAGGGGAAGAUCCAAUAGGUCCUUAGCUAGGGAAAUGAGGUGAUUAGGUGACUCUGGUGUGGCAGGGGGGAAGCGCAUGCAAAAAGCAAAGCCAGGAGUUACAAAUUAGGUUGUCGGAUGAUGUUGGAGCAACGCACAUCCCGGUAGCCCGAGGAAAAGAAGCAACAUCUCCCCUGCACAAAAGCAUGCAGGGGGGAGGGGAGGCAGACGGGGAGGAGAACAGCUUUGUAUAAGAAGGGCAUCGUGUUGUUGAUAAAAUACAGCGCUAGCCCAGGGCAGCUUGGAUCGCAUCUCCUGCCUUUUGCUGCCUCUAGCAAUCUGUGCCUAUUUUUUUUGGUAUGUUUCCAUGUACAAUUGCAAAUGAAUGGAACAAUAAAAUUCCUCCAUGUACAGUGAA